AUGGAAGAUCGACACCCUGUAACACUCGAACUGGCAUUUGUGAUUCGAUGGCAACGCCAGAACCGCAGCGACGGAGCUGUCAACACAACAACCAUGCCCGUUGGUAAAUAUCUGGUUUUGGGCACAGAGCCGCGAGUACUGGCAUCGGUGUAUCGCGCCACUAAAGCAGAAGAUGGCAUGCCAGGGUUGAUGCAACUGGACAUGACAGUCGAGAAUCCAUCCAAUCACUUCCUUACCUUUGGUCUCAGCAUGGAACCGAGCGAGGACUUUGCAUUUUCAGGUUCAAAGCAGACAACACUGAACCUGUUACCGCAGUCGAGACGGACAACGACCUAUCGGUUGUUACCGCACGUCAACGGAGUAUGGAUAAGGCCGAAAUUGACGGUGCGAGACAAGUAUUUCCAAAAGGUGCUACGCAUAAUACCGACAGAAGGGAUGAAGAUCGACGAGGAAGGACUUUUGGUGUGGGUUCCCGCAGAUGAGAAGUCCGAAGAGCGAGCAUAA